ACUUGCGAUCAUAGAUGCUUUAUGAUGAGAUUCUUCUGUUUAUUCAGUUAAAAUUUCAUAAUCAUUAAAUCUUUAUGAUUUUUCGGUGAGCUUACAUUAAUUAUUAUCAAUAUACAGCUUAUAUUUUAGUAAUAUUUCAUGCUUCUAUUUCAGUUGUGGAUUUCUUAUCCCAUAGAUAAGAAAGGUAAACUGAAUCAAUUGUUUUUACAAUAUUUUUUUUAAAUAAGUAAUUGUGAAUAAUAUUUUGUAAAUAAAGUGUUUAAAAAAAUACUCAAGUACGUUGAAUUGACACUUGAUAAAUGAGGAUGUAUUAUGCUCCCAAAAUAGUCAAAAAGUUUAUCCGAUUUAAAACGAAACAUUGAUGUGUCACCCCUAUUAGACAUUCCAUACUAAAGAAAGUAUCACUUAAUUCAAAAUCUAUAGAACUCCACUUCAAAUAAUGUAGUAAUAAGAUGUAUUGAUUUAGGUAAUAUAUGUUAGAACGUGACAGAUGUACCUAUGAACCAAUUCACAAAUGUAUUAGUAGAUAGAUCGAUUCAGAGCGUCAGCAUUAUUUUAUGUUUGCAUAUUGUUUCAGGUGUUAUUCGGUACGAAAGUCUGUAUGCUCUCUGGUAAGCGUCUGUGGGAGUUCUAAGUCAUCUCCGGUUAAAGAAAGGAAAUAUGUCGUGCAAAGUAUACGCAUCGAUGAUAACUCUGAGGGUCGUUUGGCCUCUUAUUCUUGGAUUUUGUUGUUUAAUGCGUUUUAAUAUGAUGUCAUUAUUCUAUGGCUUGGUAGUUUUAUUAUCUAUGGUUUUCAAUUUGCCUCAGCAUAGAAGACAGUUUAUUUACUCAUCGGGCGGGAGAUUUAUAAUUUUUUCCGAUUACGGUGGAGAUUUGAAGAAUUGCAGUGGUUUAGAAAUUGCUUUACGCCACGUUGGACUUCAAAGAAUUGAACCAAAAGACUAUUUAAACAUUUCUAGAGUUCUAUUACCUGACUUGGGAGCUUUUGUUAUUACUCUUAUUACUAUUAUUGUAUGUGUGAAAACUUUACCCACCGAGAAUUCCUCACCGGAAAGAAAUGAAAAUGAUGCAGAACAGAGUUCAAGUUUUGAAAGUCGUUUAACAGCUGUUACACAAUUGGUCGCUACCUUAUGGAUGACAACUAUUUUAGCAAUCUGUGGAAUUGUUUAUCCGUGCAUUAUUUCGUUUUUCUAUCUCAUUUCUUUUUUGACUAUUACCUUAUACUGGGCCCUCUACAGGACUCUUGGAAGGAAAUUUUUUGCAUUUAGAUUAUUUCUACAGCUCUAUGCCGCUAUACAUUUAUUACUGAUUUAUUGCUAUCAAAUGCCUGCAUUUCAGUUAGCCUUACCUCCUUCGUCUUUAACAGCUAGAUUAUUAGGUUUUACGGAACUAAUUUCUAGAAAUUGUGACAAACCAUGGAUGAUCAUUAUAAACCAACAUGCCCAAUGGACAAUGUUCGUCAAUCCAAUAGCUGUUUUUGUCUUCUAUAUCACAAUAGCAACUAUGAAUAGACUUUCUUUUACCUUCAAAAAAACUACUCUUUUUGGGAAGAAGCGAAGCUCUAAACGAAGAAAUGAGAACGAUGAAAGAAGAGCCUUAAUUGAAGAUGACACCGUUCGUCUUACAUAUAAUUCAAUGGACGAAGUUAACGAGUCAGCUAAUGCUACGUUACAAACUGAAAGGGAUGAUGGUGAAGAGGUUCAAAUAAAUCUCGUGGAAGAGCCAUCAGCAAACGAACAAUCAAAUCUUUCUACACAAACCACUAUCAAAUCUCGUUCAGCUUUUACAGAUGUUAUGCAAGCUAUGUAUAAAUAUUGGUUGCGUCAUAGUCAUUUUAGCGCUUUAAUUAUUAUGUUAGCAUGGAGUAUAACUUAUCACAGUUGGCUCUCUUUUCUCAUGUUACUUGCGGCAUGCAUCAUUUGGAUGACGCCCCAGAAAAGUAAACUAUUGCUCACUCUCUCACCAGUUAUUGUUUUCUAUGGCAUUUGUUUAGUCCUACUUCAGUAUAUUUAUGGCUUACAACUAUCUAAUGAAGAGCUUCCCGUUAACACAACUAAUGGCUAUCCGUUAUCUGAAUUAGGGCUUGUGAAAUAUGGGGAAAAAUCAUGUUUUGUAUUGACCGUGAAAUUGUUGUUCACUCUCGGAUUUUUCUUUACUAUGAGACAAUGGUCUUAUGAAAGGAAGAUGAAAAAUGACGCUGAAGCUUUGGCAAAUUUAAGUCUGCGUUUGGUUGAAAAUGGAGCGCGUAAGUAUUUUAAUCGUUAA